UCGCGUGAUGUGCGCAACACUGGUGUGUAUGAGGGAAAAUGUAUCGUCUCGGACAACAGUGUACCUCCCAGAUCGCUUUCAAUUCCUUUUUCUUCACAGUGCCGCGGGGUUAUUUUAACUUUACGAGACAACACAGUAAAACCUGGUCGUGUAUUGGCUGAUUUUGGAUCAAACUUGACUGCUUUUUGGCUUAGAAAAUGCGAAAGGCCAAGAAGAAGAGUGGCAGAGGGGCGCAGCAUGGAAACGUGCAGCCUUUCAGCGAUGAGGACGCCUCCGUUGAGACCCUCAGUCAUUGCAGCAGCUUCAGUGAUGGCACGAGUGUGGCGGAUGAAGGUGGAGAGGCCAGCGAGGACGCAGCCCAAGAGGAUUUCCAGUAUAAGCUAAAAGGGUUCAUAGACAGCACAGUGGAUAAGAGUGCUAAAACCAGACAGGGGGCGCUGGACGGGCUUAAAACGGCAAUGGCCACCCGCAUUCUGUACGAGUUCAUCUCAGAGCGAAGGAUGACAAUCACGGAUAGUAUUGAGCGCAGCUUAAAAAAAGGGAAAGGUGAAGAGCAGCGUGCAGCGGCGUCUUUAGCCUGCUUGCUGUGCAUCCAGCUAGGCUCGGGCAUCGAGAGUGAGGAGGUUUUCAAGACCCUCAAGCCGGUUUUUAAAAACAUCCUGGCUGACGGCACGGCUAACAUGCAAGGAAGACAAGCGGUGGCGACAAGUUUAGGCCUCUGCACUUUAGUUGCAGAAGAUGAUGUUUUGGAUGUUCGCACCACCAUGGAGUGCUUCGAGAACCUCUUCACCCGCUCCUAUGCCAGGGCGGACGGCACGUGCGCUUCCAUCAGCGCGCCUACCAGCCAGCUCCACACCAACGCCCUUCUGUCCUGGGCGCUGUUGCUAACCAUCUGCACCGGGAGCCAACUAAAAGACAUCUUGCACAAACAUCUGCCCAAGCUUCCAAGGUUGUUGGAGAGCGAUGACGUCAACAUGAGAAUUGCUGCUGGCGAAACCAUUGCCCUGCUUUUUGAGUUGGCUAGAGACAUGGACCCGGAGUUUGAAUUCGACGGCUGGGACGAGCUAUGCGAUAAACUGAACGCGCUAGCCACCGACUGCAACAAGCACCGAGCCAAGACGGAUAAAAAAAAGCAGCGCUCGGUGUUUAGGGAUGUGCUCAAAGCGGUCGAGGAGGGCGACUUCCAGUCUGAGAGUAUUCGCUUCGGGACUGAACGAAUGACCAUUGACAGCUGGCUCAGAAAGCGGACGUACGACGCGUUCAGGGAGUUCGUGGGCUCCGGAAUGAACUACCACUUGCAGGCCAACGAAUUCAUCAGAGAUGUGUUCCAACUCGGACCUCCCGUGCUGGUUGACUCGGCUACAAUAAAAGCCAUGAAGAUCUCCCGCUUUGAGAGGCAUCUUCACAACUCUGCCGCUUUCAAAGCUCGGACCAAGGCAAGAAGCAAGUUCAGGGACAAGAGAUCAGAUGUGGGCGAUUUCUAAAAAAUCCGUCUUUUUGUGCUUAGAAUUGCAGUUGUUUUUUUUUAAAUGCAGCUACACAGUUUGCAACCGGACUAAUCGUUAUAUUGUACAUAAUAUACGUUAAAUACUGUAUUCCAUUUUGGUGACAUGUGAGUAGAUUCAAAGUAGCAUUGAGUGUACAGUAUCUAUAUUUUUUAUUUGCUGACCCUGCCACUUUUUUGAACUAAUGUCUGUUUAGAAUUUGGUGUUUAAUGUAUUUGGUGCCUAAUUGAAGCAAAAUAUGGUGGGUUAAUAAAUUGUACACAAUGAAA